UACGGACACAAACAGUACCAUUUCCCUAUCUAUCUUGACUCUCUUCUCUUCCAAAGACCCACAAAAACCCCUCCCAAAGCCGCCUGCACACCACCACCACCACCACCAUGACCACCACCUCCGGUCAAAUUCUCCGCCACACCACCGCCUUCCUUUCCGAAGCUCUCUCCCAAUCCGACCUCCGCCACCGCAUCCUCUCCUCGGCUCGCCUCAAAAUCCCCUCUUCUGACCAAAAUACCCUCCGAACCCUCGCCAUCGCCUCCGACACCCUCGAAUCCGUAAUUUCCACAACUACCCCUACCACCCGCUCCUCCUCUCUCCGCCUCACCAAGAAACUCCUCCUCUCCUCCUCCGCCAAAAAUUCCCUCUCUGCUCUCCUCCUCUCCCUUAUUUACUCCCUCUGCCACCGCCCCACCGACGCCGCCCUCCACCUCCUCGAUAUCUUCCUCCUGGACCCCUCGUCGGCCCGGUCCGAGAUCGCGCCGUCCAUCUUCGAGGACCUUUUCCUCCUCCACCUCCUCCCCGUUCUCCAGUGGUUCAAGGAUCAGCGAUCCAGGAUCCUGUCGUCGAUCUCGCCAGAAUGGGCGUCGGAUGGCGAUGAACGGUCCAGAUCGAGGGAGGCGAUGACGGGCUGCGAGGGGCUGUUUUCGAGGAUGAGCGGAGGGCAGGCGGCGGAGCUGAAGGAGCUGGAAAGGGACUACGAGGAUGUUGUUGAUGAGAAUUCCAGAGUUUUUGCAAGGUAUCUGAAGGGCGUUUUGGAAAACGGUGAUGGGAAUGGGCCGGCUUCUCCUCCACCGUUGAUUCUAGCAAGGAUUGGAGACAGAGGGGCAGGGUUUGACGCGGCGGAUGGAAGGAUGACACUUGAUUCGGAUGCAGAUGCGAGGCUGGAAUUCCAAGAGAUUGGAUUGAGACACGGACGGUAUAAUCCCAUGUGGAUGGACGGAGCUCCAUCGAUGGAAUUCGAAAGUAGCAGCAGCAGCAGCAGCAACUACAGCAACAGCACGAAAUCUCCACCUUUAUAUCCUCAAAGAGUCUCUCCGAAUCUACUCUCAAAACAACACUCCAACAGGCCCAAGCCAGUGAUGAAUUUGUAUUUGAAUUCUGAUUCCGAACUCGCCUUUCCUUCUGAAAACCAUUCGACGGAUUCCUCUUCCGAAUCCGAGCUGGAGACAGAGGAAAAGAACAGGAAUUUGGCAUUGUUUCAGCCCAAUCAACAAACCCAAUUCAAGAAGCAGAAACAACCCGUUUCUGCAGAAUCUAGUCGCGCUCUGGAUCCUUUAAUGGCGGAUUCCGAUAACAUGAUUGCGAGUGGAAGACAAACCCCACCAAAGGACUUUGUCUGCCCCAUAACCAGCCAUCUCUUCGUCGAUCCGGUGACCCUUGAGACGGGCCAGACCUAUGAACGGAAAGCGAUCCAGGAAUGGGUUGAUCGCGGUAACUCAACGUGCCCGAUCACACGCCAGAAGCUGCAGAGCACCCAAUUGCCAAAAACGAACUAUGUUCUCAAACGGCUCAUUGCCAGUUGGCAAGAACAGAACCCUGGCACAGUGCAAGCCCAAAAAGAAAACCUGCCUCCAAAAAGCAGUCCGGUCUCUAGCCCGAUCAAGCCCUCAACUUCUCCAACCAGUGUCAUAAGCCAAGCCACCAUUGACAGCACGGUUGGGGAGCUCCGCCUCGCAAUCUCGCACCUCUGUAUGUCGGAGAUACUGAGUGAAUCUGAAAUGGCCGUCCUCAGCAUCGAGCGGUUCUGGCGGGACACAAACAUGGAGUCAGAAAUUCAGAGCACACUCUCAAAGCCAGCAGUCAUCAACGGGUUCGUUGAGAUCCUAUUCAACUCCGUCGAUCCCCAGGUGCUGAGGGCAACGGUGUUUCUCCUCUCCGAGCUGGCUUCGAGGGACAAAGCCGUGGUUCAGACACUCACGAGGGUCGAAUCAGAUGUCGACUGCGUGGUUGCUCUGUUCAAGAAGGGGCUGGUGGAAGCCGUCGUGUUGAUUUAUCUGUUAAGAUCUUCAUGGGCGGAUAAUGUCGAGACGGACAUGGUCAAAUCACUUCUGAUGGUCAUUAAAAAGAAAGAAGAGGACUCAUACGGGAUGUGUUUGAAGCCAAAGACUGCUUCAGUGCUUUUGCUGGGGCAGAUUCUUAGAGGGAUCGACCACAAGAAUGUAUCUAUGGUCGCCCGGGCUGUAGUUUCUGAAAGAGCAAUUGAAAGUGUUGUUGGGAGCUUGGAAGCUGACUGGGUGGAAGAGAGGAUUGCAGCAGUUGGAAUCUUGUUGAGAUGCAUCGAGGAGGACAGGAAUUGCAGAAACACCAUCGCUGAUAAGGCCGAGCUGGCUCCUGUUUUGGAAAGUUUUGCGGGCGUCAAUGAUGGAGAUAGGUUCGAGAUAGUUCAUUUUCUCUCUGAGUUGGUGAAACUAAACAGGAGGACAUUCAACGAGCAGCUUCUUCAUAUCAUAAAGGAUGAAGGAGCUUUCAGUACAAUGCACACUCUCCUUGUUUAUCUACAAACAGCCCUCCAGGAUCAAUGUCCGGUCAUCGCGGGUCUCAUCCUCCAGCUUGAUCUCCUGGCAGAGCCGAGAAAGAUGAGCAUCUACCGUGAGGAGGCCAUGGAUGCUCUUAUUUCAUGCCUCAGGAAGUCAGACUUCCCUGGUACUCAGAUCGCAGCUGCAGAGACCAUCAUGGCCCUGCAAGGGAGGUUCUCUUCCUCCGGAGAGCCCCUCACUCGGGUUUCCCUCCUGAAACGUGCAGGAUUUGACAAGAGAUACAGAGCAGUAAUGCAAUCGGAGCAGAAGAAUCCCAUUGCUGGCGAGUCUGAUGAAAAUCUGGAAGAAGAGAAGGCUGCCGAGGAAUGGGAAAGAAAAAUGGCAUUUGUUCUAGUCAGCCAUGAAUUUGGUUUAGUGUUUGAGGCAUUGGCCGAAGGCCUGAAGAGCAGAUGCGCCGAGCUAUCCUCAGCAUGUUUUGUGUCUGCAGCCUGGCUUACGCACAUGCUCACCAUUCUUCCUGACACAGGAAUUCGAGGAGCAGCACGGGUUUGCUUGCUCAAAAGGUUCAUUUCGAUUCUCAAAUCUGCAAGAGAUACUGAAGACAAAAUUCUUGCCAUGCUUGCUUUGAGCAGCUUCAUGGAUGAUUCUGAAGGAUUACGGGAUCUAACUUGCUACGUGAAGGAUAUAUUGAAAAACCUGAGAGACCUCAAGAAAUCCUCGGCCUUGGCUUCUAAGAUGAUGAAAGUUUUCUCAGAAGGGCAAGAUUCCAGUAUGGACCUGUGGAAUCAUAAAGAACUGAUUCAAGUGGAUUGCAGCACAAAUGGGGAAGUGCUUUCAGUAACCUGCUUCAAGGAUAAGAUAUUUUCUGGCCACUCAGAUGGAACAAUUAAGGUCUGGAGUGGCAGAGGGACCCUUCUUCAUCUGAUCCACGAAACUAAAGAACAUUCGAAGGCAGUCACUAGCUUGGCCAUUUUGCAGUCUGCAGAGAAAUUAUACAGCGGUUCACUUGACAGAACAAUAAGGACCUGGUCUAUUCAAGACGAACGAAUCCAAUGCAUCCAAGUCCAUGAUGUGAAGGAUCAUGUCCAAAAUCUGACCGUUGCCAAUACAAUCUCUUGCUUCAUUCCACAAGGAGCUGGAGUGAAGGUUCAUUCUUGGAAUGGAGAUUCGAAGUCGCUUAACGUCAACAAACAUGUCAGAUGCUUGGCUCUUGUACAGGGAAAACUUUAUUGCGGAUGCAGCGAUAGUAGCAUUCAGGAAAUUGAUUUGGCUACUGGAACAAUGAGUACAAUUCAAACAGGUAGCAGAAAAUUACUAGGGAAAGCAAAUUCAAUCUAUGCGAUGCAAGUUCAUGAUGGGCUCCUCUAUUCAGCUGGCACUUCUUUGGAUGGAGCAGCUGUUAAGAUAUGGAGUGCUUCUACUCACAGUAUGGUCGGAUCACUGCCAUCUACAAUGGACGUGCGAUCGAUGACUGUAAGUGCAGAGCUGAUUUAUUUGGGGUGUAAGACAGGGGGUGUUGAAAUCUGGUCUAAGGAGCUGCUCAGUAGAGUAGAAACACUUCAAACAAAAAACCAUAGUAAGGUGCUCUGCUUGGCUGUUUCUGGCGACGGAGACAUUCUGGUUGGCGGAACUUCUGAUGGCCGGAUUCAGGCAUGGGGACUGACUUGAAGGAAUGUAGAGAAUGUAAAUUCCAUUAUUAUUAUUUGAAAGAAAUAAACAAACAGCUGAAAUUCCUUCAGUUUUGAAUUCUUUAGCAUUCCCUAAGUGGGAUAAAAUCUUGAAAAAGUCUGUACAGAUGAUACUAAAAAAUUGUAAUAUCAUUCUUUCUACCGGGCCUUUGCAUGUA